GGCAGCAGCCGCUGCCUCGCAUACGUAUGCGACCCUGCCAGAGGAACUAAGCUCCACACCUGAGAGUUCAACUGCAUUCUUCCACCUCUUCAACCAACUCAACACAAUGGAUCUCGAAGACGGGGGAUCCUCGCCAUGGGGCGAUGUCCCAACCCAAUCCCAGACAGGUGCCAAUAAGCCCAAGACUGGUGAAGACGAUUCAUUCAACGCGGGGCAAUCAGACGCUCAAUCUAAGACUGCGGCCGCGCAAUUAUCCGAAUCAUCCGCAACCUCAAACGUGAAGUCGCCCGGCCGAUCAAGAGGCCCCAUCCGCCGUGUUGCUGCGCAAACCACUCGUCUCGAACCCCUUGACGACUCACUGGGGCCUUUGGGACCGUUAGGACCACUGGGCGACAAUGGAGUGCAGGCUACAUCUCCUUCGGAGCAGCCUCCGGCACCGCCUAUGAAGGAGCAGGCAGUUACCCUCAACACAAGGCAGCCAGACACUGCACAGAGGGUUCGAGAUGUCAUGGAUCCGAACUACGAUGACGAGGCGCAAUCUUCUCGAAAGGCUAGGAUACCACCGCCAGUCCAACCCGCCCAGCCAGGCUCUGCGCGUCGCGAUUUCCAGCCGAGUGUGAGCAUUGAACAGGCAGCAAAACCGACAUUCGAUAUUACGGUCGGCGAUCCCCACAAAGUUGGAGACCUCACAAGCUCUCAUAUUGUAUAUCAAGUUCGGACUAAGACUACUUCUAUAGGCUACAGGCAACCGGAAUUCUCGGUGACUCGUAGAUAUAAGGACUUCUUAUGGCUGUACAAUACUCUGCAUACAAAUAACCCCGGAGUGGUCGUUCCUCCACCACCUGAGAAGCAAGCUAUGGGAAGGUUUGAUACAAAUUUCGUGGAAUCAAGGCGCAUGGCAUUGGAGAAAAUGCUCAACAAGACCGCGGCCCACCCGACGCUACAACAUGACGGUGAUCUGAAGAUAUUCCUAGAGAGCGAGGCAUUCAGUAUGGAUGUUAAGCACAAGGAGCGUAAGGAGCCAGUGUUGGGAGAGAGCAAGGGUAUGUUCGCUGGACUGGGACUAUCAGUGGGCAGUGGAAGCAAAUUCGUGGAACAAGACGAUUGGUUCCAUGACAGAAAGGUGUAUCUCGAUGCUCUUGAAAACCAACUGAAGGCUCUCCUGAAAUCAAUGGACACAGUGGUAGACCAGCGGAAGGGGUUGGCAGAAGCGGCGGGUGAUUUCUCUGGAUCGUUGCAUGCCCUUUCCGCUGUUGAACUGUCACCCACUCUGUCAGGCCCGUUAGCUGGAUUGUCCGCCCUCCAGAUCCGUAUCAAAGAACUCUAUGAACGACAGGCACAGCACGACGUGUUGACCCUUGGCAUCACCAUUGAUGAAUACAUUCGCUUGAUUGGGAGUAUCAAGACAGCGUUUGAACAGAGACAGAAGGCAUUUCAUUCAUGGCAAUCUGCAGACAUGGAAAUGCAGAAGCGCAAGGCAACACAGGACAAGCUUCUACGCCAAGGCAAGACUCAACAAGACCGUUUAGUCCAGUUAAAUGCAGAUGUUGCAGAUGGAGAAAGAAAGGUGCACCAGGCACGUUUGCUAUUCGAAGACAUGGGACGACUGUUAAGAACUGAGCUGGAGAGGUUUGAGCGGGAGAAGGUGGAGGAUUUCAAGAGUGGCGUGGAGACAUUCCUGGAGAGCGCUGUCGAGGCCCAGAAAGAGCUCAUCGAGCUAUGGGAAACAUUCUUAGUUCAACUGGAUGCUGAGGACGGCGAACAACCCUACUACAAGCCACCAGCGGUCCCUCUACGCUCAGAGUCGCUUUCAGGGGAAACCCAGAAUGACUCGGUGUCAGAAACGGCUCAUGAGGACGAAGAAUAAUUUGCAAGAGGGCACUAGCAUCCAUUUCUGCUAUAACAAGGUUGAAACAACCUUGCGAACUUCAUCAUUCUGCAGUCCCCAAAAUGUAUAGUGUACAAAGAUAAUACCACAUCCCAACGCCUUCAAAUGUCACCCCCUUCUGUCUUCCACCCUUGAAUUUGUACAUGGCUCCCCGAGACCUUAGUCCCAUCUCUCCCAAUGAUCAUACACUGCUCGAAAACACAGGUAGUCCGAAGUAACCGCCCGACAUAUGGAUAUCCCCUUAGUACUUGUUCCCCUUCGCAGUAUGUCCCUUCAUCUGAUCCGGCGUAACCUGCACCCCCUUAAACCCACUAAUCAAAUCCAUCAUCGUAUCCUCCUGCUCCCCCUCCGCGCUCUCCUCACCACCCUCAACAUCCCAUCCGCGCCCGAAGCGCUCUCGGAAGGCCCUCAGGCGUCCCGCCUCAUCCUCCUCCACGUUCCGCAGACUCGCCAUGCUCGGCUGCCAUAACGGGUGGUUCCGCGUAUCCUUCGUAGACUUGUAUAUCGCCGCCGGCGACGUCGUGCGCUGCGUGUAUGUCGACCCGUCCGAGAGGGUGAUGAGUUGCGUGAAGGUGUACGGGCGGUGCGGGCGCUUCUGCAGAGAGGCGUGGCGGACUUGGUUGCUGGCGCAUGUCGAGGAGAUGGGAGAGAGAGACGCGCGCCGUAAGGCGUGGGAUGGGAGGGAAGCCAUUGCGUUGUUGGGUUUCCGUGGAUCGUUGGCCUGGUCGUGG